ACAACUGGGCAUCCACCCUUGCUCACACACUCUCCUGGCACCAUUCGAUGCCAUCAGGCUGCACGUAUAUGAUAUGAGAAGAAUGUUCAGAUGUUCCCACGAGAGCAACAUGAGGGUGUGCAGUUGGGGAUCAGAGGAACUACAGCUUCAGGAGGAACUAGCUGAGGACUCUUUCCUGUAAAGCUGAGCUCCUACAGAUCAUACAGUGUCCCGACCCCGACCGGUUACUCCAUAUACUGUUUUGAUUUUUCCGGCAGUCGUGUUUUAAUGACUAAGCAUCCUUGAAAAAUAAGAAGCCAUGUCGACUGAUCAAGCUUUUCACCAAAACGGUGUCUACAACUAUUUCCUGAACAUGGUGGCUUAUCAGAUAUACUGCUGCUGUGGCCCGGCACCGUGUUCCCUGUGCUGCUCCUUGUGUCCGCCCGUCAAAUCAUCAACCAGCACACGGAUCAUGUACACGUUAUUCCACAUCCUGGCCUGCACCGUCUCAUGCCUCAUGCUGUCUAAGACUGUGUCAGAGGCAGUGAGGGAGAAUGUGCCUUUCUUUAACGUGGUGUGUGAUGAGGCUCAUGGUGGAGGAGAUUGUCAGAUGCUGGUGGGCUACUCUGCUGUCUACAGGGUGUGUUUCGGCACAGCUUGUUUCUACUUGAUGAUGGCCAUCUUCCUUAUUGAUGUGAAGUCUAGUCAGGAUUCCCGAGCCCUCAUUCAUAAUGGGUUUUGGUUUCUGAAGUUCAUCACCAUGCUUGGAAUGAUUGCUGCUGCCUUCUUUAUUCCCACAGAAUCCUUUUUGCAUGUCUGGCAUUAUGUUGGAGUAGUGGGAGGCUUUGCUUUUAUCCUCAUUCAACUCAUUCUCAUCACUGCUUUCGCUCACACCUGGAAUAAAAACUGGUUAACCGGUGCAGCUGAGAAUAAGAGGUGGUAUGUGGCAGUCCUGUGUGCUACCCUCUUUUUCUACACCAUCGCCACCAUGGCCUUCACAUUCAUGUACAAAUACUACACUCACCCAGCUGGAUGCCACCUGAACAAAGCCCUGCUGUGGACUAACCUGGCCCUCUGCACCAUCAUGUCUUUCAUUGCAGUCACUCCCUGUGUGCAGCGAAAGCAGCCUCGUUCAGGACUCCUGCAGGCAUCCAUCAUUUGCUGUUAUGUUAUGUACCUGACCUUCUCUGCUCUAUCCAGCCGCCCCCCAGAGAAGGUGGAGUAUCAGGGGGUCAACAUGACGGUGUGCUACCCUAAAGUCAGCAGGGAUGAGAUCCAAAACGAAGGCAAUGCUGUGGCCAUCAUUGGGGCUGCAAUCAUGUACUGCUGUGUUCUGUUUGCAUGCAAUGAGGCUUCAUACUUAGCUGAGGUCUUUGGACCUUUCUGGAUGAUAAAGGUUUACCGCUAUGAGUUCCAGAAAGCCUCCUGUUGCUUCUGCUGCCCAGAGGCUGAAGAUGAGGAAGAGUUUGUCAUUGAUGAGAACAACGGCUGUCAGAAAGUCAUCCACAAUGAAAGCCAGCGCGUUGCCUACAGCUACUUUUUCUUCCAUUUUGUUUUCUUUCUGGCCUCCCUUUACGUAAUGAUGACUCUCACUAAUUGGUUCAGUUAUGAGACUGCUGUGCUGGAGACCACCUUCACCCACGGGAGUUACUCCACAUUCUGGGUCAAGCUGUCCUCCUGCUGGGCGUGUGUGGUUCUGUAUCUGUGGCUGCUCUUGGGCCCCCUGUGCCACUGCCAGUCUGAUCGCAAACAACCUCGCCGAGCCCGCAUCAAGAGACGGGCUGCCACCCACCGCCACGUUAGCGUCAGCGUGUGAAUUACAGAUUGUUUGAACAGUGUCAAAGACAUUGGGGAUGGGUGCAGGUUACUGGAGAUUUCCACCGCAAAGGAAAUGGGUCACGGUGGACCCACUGAAGAGAAGACUUAACAUUGAUCCUCCAGAUAAUCCUGUUAGGAUUAAAAUCAGCACUAUGAAUACAAUUCAGCAUGGGAACAGAAAAUGUUAACAAUAUUUAAGACUGUACAAGCAUACCUUUAGGGGAUGUGUAACAAUUGCCAAAGGGAACAUUAACAUUUUCUGGACAAGCUGGAUGUCUGUACAUUUAGUGGAGGGUUUUUUUCCUAAAAUGUAGAAUAAGUUUUCAUUGGCUUACAGCAUAAAUAUAUGGAAACUACCUGAAAUAGGCUUUUUCCAGUUUAAUUUAAGCUUUUGUUAUAUUUAUGUAUAUUAAGUUGGAUAUAUUAUGUGAGCAAUGCUAUAUUUCAUUGAUCUGUGGCUUGUACGUAUAUAUAUAUAUAUAUAUAUAUAUAUAUAUUCUCUGAGGGUUUGGCCCUCCCACUUUCUCAGCUAUCAGAUGCCACAGGGAGAAAAACUGUUAUCUAAAGUAUAAUGACUGGCUGAUACAGCCUAUUUGGUUCUAAUUGCAUUGUUUAUGUUAGACAUUUUGAUGUCACUGUCAUAAAAGAUAAGUUAUUUUUGUAAAUAUAUUUUUACCAAAACAUA